AUGCAGAGAACCAGGAAUAAGAAGAGUCAGCCUCCCUCUAUAAAGCAACACAUUAGCAAGCAAAAGCCAACAGAAACCACCAUGAAGCGCAAGAGGAAAAAAAUAGAAGUAAGGAAAGGCGAUCAACGAAAACCAAAAGUCACCAAGAAAAAUGAGGAGGAUAGCCCAGGGAAGGUAAUCCCAUGCCUUCCUAUGAGAAUGUUGAAUCUGACACAGCAGCUCCGCCUUGAAGGACCACCACAGGUGCAAGAGAAAUUCCAGCAGAAAACAGAACCAGCAGAACCAUAUCUCUCUGAUGUUUGUCGAACUGGGGUCCAAGAGGUGAUUAAAGAAUUGAAAACAAUGGGCAUUAAAACAGCUAUGCUUACAGGAGAUUGUCAUGCAGCAGCUAGGCAUGCACAAGAUAAGGUAGUUCAUGCAGAACUUCUACCAGAGGACAAGGCCAUGAUUGGUGAUGGCAUGAAUGAUGCCCCUGCAUUAGCUACGGCUGACAUUGGCAUCUCAAUGGCAAUUUUAGACGGGUGCAGCGAGCUAGGUUUGAAGAAUUCGUCUUAA